UUUAAGAAGAAGAAGAACAACAACAACAGGAGCCAGAGUUGAUGAUGAGAUAUCCUCUUGAUUUCAUUGAUUGUGACACCCAUUUGUGAUCAAAACGGGAUCUUUCUGAUAUUUCUCUCCGUUUGGGUUCUGGGUUUUGAAGAGACAAUUCCAGAUGGUGAGAGGAAACAGUACUGGGCAGAUUGGCGAUACAACGUAUACCAAGAUCUUUGUGGGAGGGUUGGCCUGGGAGACGCAUAGAGAAACGAUGAGGCGUUAUUUUGAGCAGUUCGGGGAGAUCCAAGAAGCAGUGGUGAUCACCGAUAAGAACACUGGACAAUCAAAGGGAUAUGGCUUCGUCACGUUUAAGGAUCCAGAUGCCGCAAUGAGAGCUUGUCAGGAUCCAUCACCGAUCAUCGACGGAAGGAGGGCUAACUGCAACCUCGCAUCACUUGGCGCACAUCGCAAUCGACCACCCACUCCUCAACAUGGUAUGGGGAGGUUCAGACCAGCAUCCGGAUCGGUUGCUCCACCAUCUUAUCAGAGCUCCUCUUCCACGUAUUUCCAUCAACCCACCGCUCAAUACGCAUUACCUUAUUCUGCUUAUGGGUACUCUGGGUGUUCACAAGAAACUAUGUAUCCAGUGAACUAUUACGGUGUGUAUGGUGGUGGGCAACAGUUUUCUCCUUACUACACCACUACGUCGCCCGGGCUUUUCCAGAAUUUCUAUCCGUUCUACGCCCAAUACGUACAGAGCAGCCUAGCGCAGGGUUUUGGGGCUCAACGGUAUCAUCAUCAUCCCCAGAUGGUACAGUACCCCUACGUCCCUCACCACUUGGAUGGUUCGCCGGACAUCCUAUCACUUCCUACUAUUUCACUUGCCUCCACAACCACUACCACCGGUCCGGUAACGAGGAAUGUGACUGGAACAGAGUCCAGUGCAUCGCAAGCCUGAGCUGCAGGGAACAACAAUGUGGAACAGAAUCCAUCAGCUCAAUUUGGGAGAGGGAGAAAUGCUGUUUCAUUCCUGUUCUUUUCAAGCUUGGUAGAGCAUGGUCAUCAAAUAACUGUCA